AUGUUUUUUCUGUCAUAUAUACAAAAUCUAUUAUUACUAUUAAUUGUUUUGAGUUUCAGUCAAGGAAAAGGAAAAUGCGGAGAUUUGUUAUGUGGACUACACGAGGGAUGUUGUCUCUUUGGAAACGACACACAUCAGCAUAUUCGCUGCUGCAAGCUUCCCAUUCACUCCUUUCUUGAUAGCAUAAGCUGGAUCUUAAGAAAACUUUCGGGGAUUUUUAUAUUGUGCGUAUUGUUUGUCAUCGGAUAUUUCCUACAACGCAUUAUCUGUCCGCCACCUCGGCGCUACCGAACAGACACAACUUCUUCAUUGUUCAGCGAGAACCCGAAUUACGCCUCAGAUAACUCUUUGCUGGACCGAUUUACUGAUCAGGAAUUACACGUGAUUUCUCCACAUGCUUGCACUACUCCUCGAUCACCACCAUCAUACGAAGAAGUUAAAGAUUUGCCGAGCUAUGAGGAGUUCAUGCAUAGCAGAGACAGUAUAGAAAGCACGGGCUCUCCAGUUACAGCAGAUCGCAGGUUGCCGCUGCCGGAAACAGACGCAAGGUCAACUUGUGAAGCUGACACGCAGUCUCAGCCCCAACAAUGAUGUUCGUCCAGAUUUUGAG